GAGGAGGACUUGGGCAUGGGCGGGCGGAGAUUGUCGUGCUCCCACUGUCGGGAGACCAAGGACGAUCGAGAGAGAAUGGAGAUCGUGUGGCAAACCCCGGCAAACCCACCGGAGCCCCAUGACUACAUCAUCCGCAACGGGAGGCGGUUCGUGAGGCCCUACCACUUCGAGUUCAUCUCCCACGUGAAGAACAGAUGGGCGGGCAAAACCAUCGUCGAUCUCUUCACCGAGGAGUUCAAGGGACGACCUCGAGACUACUACGUCAAAGCCGUCAAUUCUGGAAGGAUCCAAGUGGAUGGAGAAUUAGUUCAUGCAUCAUAUGUCGUCCGGUCAUCACAAAAGAUAAGCCACUUUGUGCACCGGCAUGAACCGCCAGUCUUGACUGAAGAUGUGCUGAUCCUGCAGAAUGAAGCUGACGUAUUAACUGUUUGCAAGCCAGCAUCUGUUCCAGUACAUCCAUGUGGCCAGUAUCGUAAGAACACUGUUGUUGGCAUUCUACAGGCUGAACAUGGCUUGGCACCUUUAUUUCCGGUACAUCGACUAGAUCGUCUUGUUUCUGGUCUUCUUAUCUUUGCCAAAAAUGCGGAUAAAGCGGAGCAGUUUAGGCAACAGAUUGAGGCUGGGUUGCUGCAAAAAGAAUACAUUGCCAAGGUUGUUGGGAUAUUUCCUGAGGGAGAGCAAGUUGUUGAUGCAAAUGUGAACUAUAAUGCACGGGAAGGAAGGAGCUCUGUGGAGGUUGGUGAUCAGAGCAUAGGUAAACAUUUGAAAGGAAAGCCUGCAUGCACAAAGUUCACUAGGAUAAGCACCAAUGGAAAUUAUAGUGUUGUUUUAUGCAAACCUGUCACUGGGCGUACUCAUCAGAUACGUGUACAUCUACAAUAUACAGGCCAUCCCAUAGCCAAUGACAUGCUAUAUCUCUCUGAGGAUGUUGCUCGUUCUCCUGGAAGAAGUGCUGAUAGAGCUGCCUCAGACAUGUAUGAGCCACCAGAGACUGAUUCAUCCAAUAAUGAUCAUUAUGCUAAAGAUAAUGCUACACAUUCUGAUGAAGAGUUCAGCAUUGAUCCCAUGUGUACUAACUGUCCGAAUUUGGCUCCUAAAGGUUAUGAUGGUGAUGAUGAGGGUCUAUGGCUGCGCUGCGUGCAAUACUCAGGACCUGGUUGGAGUUAUGAAUGCCCCUAUCCUGACUGGGCCUGUCUUGGUGGAUCACUGGGAAAGAAAAUCAAACCAUAGUUUGUCUCAUUACAUUUUUGAUUUUAGCCCAUUGCUGCUUGAUACCGGAAAAUUCUUCAGAUGUUUCAGUGGGCCAAAGUGCUAUGAGUGCUCUGAUCUUAUAAAUGAUCUGCAUCGAGGUUAUUAACCUGUGAAUUUCGUUGUCAUUCACCAUCAGAUUUAGUCCCGAAACCUUCAAGAUCUUCAUUUUAUGUGAAAAUAAUGCUUAGGGGAUCAAAUCUGUGCACAUAUGGUGGCAGCUGGUGGCGCGCUUUUCUGACUUACAGGACUUCAGCAAGAUUUAUGAUUGUUGCUUCUAACUUAUGGUAGCAUAGAAGAUUAUAUAAAAGGUUGUUUAUAUGUACCAUAUGUACUAAUUGUUUUCUUUUUCUGUUAUGUUCUUAUUUAUUCUAAUAAAUUCGUAGAUUAUUAUCUAACAGCACAAGUUGGUCUGUCAAAAUGUCAUUAUUUUUUUUGAAGCACAAGCAUGCGUGCAUGCAUGUGUUUGUGCAGUUUGGUACAAGCAUGCCCCCAAGUUGGACAUAAAGCUUUGGAUAAGUGGGCCUUCUGUCGAGUUCUAGUAUGUGAAAGUAUACUUUUUUUUUAUUAAUUAACUUGCAUCUCUUGAUUCUCUCUC